AUGGAUAUGUCUAAUCCUCUUACUUGUGUUAUGGAUUUGAUGCGGCGCCUACCACCUCAAAAGAUUGAUCAUACUUUAAUGGACAUUAUCUCUCUUACACCAGAGCAUUGUGAAGAUAUAUUGAGUUCAGUAGAUCAGCCUUUAAAAAUUGCAAGAGAUGUGCAUGCAGAUCGAGAUUACUUACUGUGCGAUUAUAAUAGAGAUGGUGAUUCUUAUCGAUCGCCUUGGUCAAAUACCUAUGAUCCUCCUCUAGAAGACGGAGCUGUGCCAAGCGAGAGUCUUCGUAAACGCGAAAUCGAAAUCAAUACGGCUUUUGAUCAGUACAGAGAAAUGUAUUACGAAGGUGGAAUAUCUUCAGUUUAUCUAUGGGAUAUGGAUCAUGGAUUUGCUGGGGUUAUCCUGAUCAAAAAAGCUGGUGAUGCCAAACUAGCCAGUGGUUGUUGGGAUUCAAUUCAUGUCAUUGAUGUUGUCGAAAGACCGUCUGCUAAAAUAUCCAUUUAUAAACUUACAAGCACGGUCAUGUUAUGGCUUCAAACUCAGCGAGAAGCAGCUGGAUAUUUCAACUUAGGUGGUAGUUUAACAAGAUUUUGUGAGCGUGAACUUCCUUUGGGGGAUGCAGGUGUUCCAAUAACUACAUCUCAUAUCGUUAAUAUCGGACGUAUGGUAGAGGAUGUUGAGAAUUCAAUUCGUUCAACUUUGAAUGAAGUAUACUUUGGUACUACAAAAAAUAUCGUCGACUCAUUACGUUCUAUUGUACCUGCUUCAGAAGAGGAGAAACGUCGACGUCUAGUUCAAGAAGUUCAUACAGCCUUACAAAAUAAGUCUCAACUAUAAAUUCAAUCUCGUUACACCAUCAAUUUUUAGCUGUAAUAAUAAUAAUAAUAAUCAGUAACUUGAUGAUUUUUCUCACUUUAUUAUCUUAUAUAACUGGAAUGUGGUAUAUAUUUUUUUUCAAAAGUUACUGUUUUUACUCCUUUUUUACCUGGUUGCUGUUGUUGUUGUUGUCCCUUACUCUCUGCGUCGUGUGUACGACAAAAGGGUGCAUAAAUUUCGAAAUGUUUGGAGCUCCAUCUUUUACCAUAUAUAUAUUCUUAAGCAUAUCAUUCCGCUUUACAGCAUUAUUCAAAGUUGUAAUGACAAUAAACCAACAGCACACUAUCACACUAAAAUAUGCUUUUCAUAAUUUAAUAUAAGCAUAGUUUAACUGUGCUAAUAAGAAUCACCGCCGUGUAUGUAUUACCUGUCAGUGAUGUUUUUUCCUGUCUAAAGAUUUGUCAAUAAAUUUCUUACAUUUGGAAGGGCAUAAAACAUUAGCAGCAUUGAUCAAGUUUCUGCUCAGUCAAUUUUCCGUAUCUAAUACUUUCUUUGAUUUUGCUACCUUCAAUUGUAUCAGCCUACAUUAUUUCUAUUACUUACUACUACUAUUAUUAUUAUGGAUGUUGCUGCUGAAGGUGGUAUAUUUCAGGAGUUUUAGAUGCAAUAUUUUGAAUAAAACUGAUUUUUUAAAAUUGUUAUUGUAUUUUUAGUGCAGAAAAUGUUUGUUUUUUUAAAUUAGUACAAUGUUUGGGC